UCUUGCUCUCUCUCUCUCUUCCCGUCUCUGUGGUUUGUAAGGUAGGUUGCAGUGUGUGUAUAUACACAACAUCAAGAGCAGGAAAAUGGACUCAUUAGGGAGGCAGGCAGUCAUUACCACUCACACUGUACUUCCAGGGAGACACCGAUUAUGAGAAGAGAAACAGCGCUGGGGAAGAAGGGGGAGUGUACUGCAGUUUGAGGACUGGAAAAGUGAGCCCUGAGAAUUUGUGGUUUAUACACAGGUUUUUAGUAGAAUGUUGCCUCCCCAUGAAUAAUUUUCAGCUUUGUAUGUCCAUUAUACAUAAAAAGAAGUGUUAAGAAUUGCCCUUUGAGAGUCUGAAGGCUGAAGAGUACCAGAUAAAUUGCAGUCUGUGCCUCAUAGCUAAACAGACUGCCUGAAGUUACAUUUAGAGACUGAAAUCACUGCACCUUAAAAAACAAAAGAUUGAGCUACACUGUGUUCCUAAUGUUUCACCAUCACUAACUUGAUAUUCCUCACAACAUUUCUGGCUGGCCUGGCCUCCUAUGACCAGAGACUGCUGACUCAUCCUGGCCUGUGCCAAGCUGUGCAGUCGCUUAGUGAUGUGGACAGGAGUCGAAGGACUAGAAUGAGAUCACUGAACUCAUUUCACUUGUUGCUUACGGUACAGUCCAGCAUGAGCUGGAAAUGUAGGAACCUCAGCCUCCCGAGCAGAAAGACACUCUGGAACACUGUGAACUCGACAAACUAAUCAGAGCAGGGAGUUUAACGGCCUGGCCUGGACACUCUCAAGAGACUGUGCUGAUUCUCAGUCAUCACUCCUUGGAUCAGGAACCACAGUCCUGCAGGAGUUUUCUGUGGAAAAGCAGGAAAAGGGAAGUGGAGGAGGAAGGCAUCCUUCCAUAUCCUGUGAUAAACCCACCAAGGGUCACUACUUUCGGUAAGAGUCUGGAAAGAAACUGCCAGAGGACACAUCUGAACCUUGCAGUGGCUGGCACUUUUCCUCAACGUUGUGAGAAAAAGAGAAUUAGCUGGAAUAAAAUCUUGCUUUCCAUAUGGUGAACUUGAAAUGCAGCAUUGAACAGUUCCUUGACCAUCAGUUUGUCACCUGCCCCUUCUCUUUAUAUGCAGCUGCUCUCUGUUCCCUGCCCCAAUGAACAUCUGCACUAGGCCCAAGCCUUGGAGUGAUUUACCUGAAGAGUGACACCGUUUUUUGGAAACUACUAUGAGGAAACUGAAGCCCAGAGAGGUGAAGUGAGGUGCCCAAGGCCACACAGCAAGUUAGAGGCACAGCUAGUACAAUAGCUCAAGUCUCCUGACUCCCAGUCCAGUGCUCCUCCCAUUACUCCACGGGUCCUGUCUCUAAGCUUCCUGACAAAUGCUAGAACGGAAGAAACCCAAGACAGCUGAAAACCAGAAGGCAUCUGAGGAGAAUGAGAUUACUCAGCCUCGUGGGUCCAGCGCCAAGCCGGGCCUUCCCUGCCUGAGCUUUGAAGCUGUUCCGUCUCCAGACCCAGCCCUCAUCCACUCAACACACUCACUAACAAACUCUCACGCUCACACCGGGUCAUCUGAUUGUGACAUCAGUUGCAAGGGGAUGACCGAGCGCAUUCACAGCAUCAACCUUCACAACUUCAGCAAUUCCGUGCUCGAGACCCUCAACGAGCAGCGCAACCGUGGCCACUUCUGUGACGUGACGGUGCGCAUCCACGGGAGCAUGCUGCGCGCACACCGCUGCGUGCUGGCAGCGGGCAGUCCCUUCUUCCAGGACAAGCUGCUGCUGGGCUACAGCGACAUCGAGAUCCCGUCAGUGGUGUCAGUGCAGUCGGUGCAAAAGCUCAUUGACUUCAUGUACAGCGGCGUGCUGCGCGUAUCGCAGUCGGAAGCUCUGCAGAUCCUCACAGCUGCUAGCAUCCUGCAGAUCAAAACCGUCAUAGAUGAGUGCACGCGCAUAGUGUCGCAGAACGUGGGCGAUGUGUUCCCAGGCAUCCAGGACUCUGGUCAGGACACGCCGCGGGGCACUCCUGAGUCAGGCACAUCGGGCCAGAGCAGUGACACGGAAUCGGGCUACUUGCAGAGCCACCCGCAACACAGUGUGGACAGAAUCUACUCAGCGCUCUACGCUUGCUCCAUGCAGAAUGGCAGCGGUGAGCGCUCCUUCUACAGCGGUGCGGUGGUCAGCCACCAUGAGACUGCGCUCAGCCUGCCCCGCGACCACCACAUGGAAGACCCCAACUGGAUCACCCGCAUCCACGAGCGCUCACAGAUGGAGCGUUACAUGUCCACCACCCCUGAGACCACACACUGCCGCAAGCAGCCCAGGCCCGUGCGCAUCCAGACCCUGAUGGGAAACAUCCACAUCAAGCAGGAGAUGGAGGACGAUUAUGACUACUAUGGGCAGCAAAGGGUGCAGAUCCUGGAGCGCAACGAAUCCGAGGAGUGCACAGAAGACACUGACCAGGCCGAAGGCACCGAAAGUGAGCCCAAAGGCGAAAGCUUUGAUUCAGGUGUCAGCUCUUCCAUAGGCACCGAGCCCGACUCAGUGGAACAGCAGUUUGGGACUGGGGCAACACGAGAUGGCCAGUCAGAUCCCACACAACCUGAGCAGGCUGCUGAAGCCCCCACUGAGGGCAGUGCACAGCCAAACCAACUAGAAACAGGUGCCUCCUCUCCAGAGAGAAGCAAUGAGGUGGAAAUGGACAGCACAGUCAUCACGGUCAGCAACAGCUCAGAUAAGAGCAUUCUGCAACAGCCUUCGGUCAACACAUCUAUUGGGCAGCCAUUGCCAAGCACCCAGCUCUAUUUACGCCAGACAGAAACCCUCACCAGCAACCUGAGGAUGCCUCUGACCUUGACCAGCAACACACAGGUCAUUGGCACAGCUGGCAACACUUACCUGCCAGCCCUCUUCACUACCCAGCCUGCAGGCAGUGGCCCCAAGCCUUUCCUCUUCAGUCUGCCACAGCCCCUGGCAGGCCAGCAAACCCAGUUUGUGACGGUAUCCCAGCCCGGCCUGUCGACCUUUACUGCACAGCUGCCAGCGCCACAGCCCCUGGCCUCAUCUGCAGGCCACAGCACAGCCAGUGGGCAAGGUGAAAAAAAGCCUUACGAGUGCACUCUUUGCAACAAGACGUUCACCGCCAAACAGAACUACGUCAAGCACAUGUUUGUACACACAGGUGAGAAGCCCCACCAAUGCAGCAUCUGCUGGCGAUCCUUCUCCUUAAAGGAUUACCUUAUCAAGCACAUGGUGACACACACAGGUGUGAGGGCAUACCAGUGCAGUAUCUGCAACAAGCGCUUCACCCAGAAGAGCUCCCUCAAUGUGCACAUGCGCCUCCAUCGGGGGGAGAAGUCCUAUGAGUGUUACAUCUGCAAAAAGAAGUUCUCCCACAAGACCCUCCUGGAACGACAUGUGGCCCUGCACAGUGCCAGCAACGGGACCCCUCCCGCAGGUACACCCCCGGGUGCCCGUGCUGGCCCCCCAGGUGUGGUGGCCUGCACAGAGGGGACCACUUACGUCUGCUCCGUCUGCCCAGCCAAGUUUGACCAAAUUGAGCAGUUCAACGACCACAUGAGGAUGCAUGUGUCUGACGGAUAAGUAGUAUCUUUCUCUCUUUCUUAUGAACAAAACGACAAAAAAAGAAAUAAACAAACAAACAAAGCUAUGGCACUAGAAUUUAAGAAAUGUUUUGAUUUUGUUUUUACUUUCUGUUUUUGUUUCUGUUUCGUUUCAUUUUGUACUACAUGAAGAACUGUUUUUUGCCUGCUGGUACAUUACAUUUCCGGAGGCUUGGGUGAAUAAUAAUUUUCCCAGUCUCCCUCGGAUGGUGGCCUUAAGGCCUGGUAGUGCUUCAGGAGAUCCACUGGUUGGAUCUCUAGCUACUGGCCUCUAAAUACAACCCUUCUUUACAAAAAAAAAUCUUUUUAAAAAGUAAAAAAAAAAAAAAAAAAAAAAAAGAAAGAAAAGAAAAGAAAAAAAUUUUUCCACUUGUGAAGAGCACUACAAAAUAUAUAACAAAAUCUAAAAGGCCUACUGUCUUUAAGUACACCGCUUGCAGUGUUUCCGUGAACAUUUUCACAAUUCUGGCCGCUUGGACUUCACAGUAACCAGUUAAAACUGUGGAAUAUCACUUCUGGUGAAAACCCAGAGGAAAGGCCCUGCUGUUUUCCACCUACCACGUUGUCUGAUUUCAUAAAAGUGCUGUAGGGGUGGGAGGGGGCAGUGGGGUCAGUGGUGUGGGAAAGGGGAAUGGCAAGCUUCUCCCCUAGAUUCUGCCUGCCUCCACACACCCUGGCUCACCUCCUCCACAUCCCCCCUUUUCAGCAGAAGCCAGAAAGACUUGGACAAGCAACAAGCAACAGUGGCUAUCGUAUUUAUUCAGUGUCUUCGCUGGGCCACAGCCUCAGCACAAUCAAGAGGGACUUUCAUGAAAGGCAGGAAUGCAGAUAAAACAAAGAUAUCAGAGAUUUGCACCUAUGUUUCUAGGUACAAGAGAAGGAUUAUUUCCAACAAUCUUUGCAAAAAAAGAAGUGUCAGGAUAUAUUCUUGUGGAAGAGAAAAAGAAAGAAAUGGAGGGUGGGGGGAACACUAAGAAGUUCUUGAGGCUUUUUUAAUUCAAAAUUUUAUAGAGGGGCAAAAGUGACAUUUACCAGAUAGAAUGCUGAUUUUUUUAAUAUAUUUACAACAGUAUUUGUGUAAAAAAAAAAACAAAAAAUGAGAUUGUUAAAAGUAAUUAUUUUCAUUUUGGUUUUGCAUACACUGCCACCAAUCCCUUCUCUUUUAUUUUGUUUCACACACAUAUAUGUAUUUUUUGGUAAGUCAAGACUGUUAAGGUUAGCAAUACUGCUUCCAGACAGAAAGAAUAAAAAGCAACUAAAGUUAUAUUUGAAAGAGAGGAAGGUUAUUUUCAUUUUUUAAUUUUUCUUAAUUUUUAUUAUAUUAAGUAUUGCCUGGGUUGAUGAGGGCCUCUGUGGCCCACCCAUCCCUGCUGUAAUUUGAACUGCUGCUUUGUAUUUGGAUAUGUAGUUCUUUGACUUUUAGCAAGCUUAAGUUGCUCCACUGAAUUUUUUUUUCACUGAUGCAUCUAGAAUUCUUUUCUUUUCAUGGAAAGGACUUUAUCUUUCAGAAGCAGACUUCUUGCUUCUUCAAAAUUUUAUUGCACUCUGAUGAUUCUAGAAUUUCUAUUGACUUUGCUUUUUGUCUUUCAUGAAACACUAGUCAUCUAGAGGUCUUGACGAAUGGGUUUCUUUUGUGGUUAGCCAGGAGGAGGACUUCACAGAACGGCCACACUCCUCAUGCUUCACAAGCCCAUGGGCAUCAUUAUGAGAAUCCUGUUACAAACCAUGAUGCACUGAUGCCAGAAUUACUUUUUCUUUCAAGUAUCACUUUCUGACUCUUUCCACCAUGGCUAAGAGGGCUAAAUAAGAUGUUCGUUCUUUAGAUAAUUUAUUAAUCCUUGCUUUUUGGAAAGGUCUUAGGAAAUUAACAGUUUCCUUGAUGCCAACAUCCACUAUUCAAAAGGCCACCAAUCUACUGCAUCAUGCCAGAUGCCACUCUCUCUUCCUAGUUGGGAUUUCUCUCCUCGGUCCUAAUCAAGAAAUCGUAAUAGAGACUUUUCCAUUAUAGACAGUGUCAUAAAGGGAUUCUAACUCAAAAUAGGACUUUUUAACCUAAUACUCCCAAAGUGAUUUCACUACAGUGCAUAUUUUAAUACACUUAAAGGGAAAAGUAAAUCUUUAAACAAAGCAAAAACACCAAACUAUAGUUUUAAAAACAGAGAAAAGAAAGGGUAUUUUACUUUCAAAAAUUACUCUACAUUUUAAUUUAGUCUUCCUUUUAGAAUUUUAUUUACAAAAAGCAUGUAGCAAAUGAGGGAAAAAUCUUCCAAAGCAAGCAACUCUAUAAUGACUAAAUUGAUUUUAUUCAUGUAUUUCAGACAUUGGUUAACUUGGAUCUUUUCCAUAAGUUCUUUGUGAUGUUUAGUAGAGUUUGUGCAACUGGAGUAUUUGUGACUUCAUCUGUCCUACUGUCUUAAUUCAGUGAAUAUUUUGCUAGAAGUUUUAAUGUAGACUUGGAUGGUUACCCAACUACUAAAUAUCACCCCUUGUGAUUUCUAAGAAAAGUCCCAUCAAAAGCUAGGUGGCCAAAACUCACCUGUUCUAAAAGUCAAUGAAAUGGCUUCAGAAAUACAAAAAGUCCAAUUUUCUAUUGCUAAUUUUGCUUUCUACAGUGUCAGUGUUGACUAAUAUUUCCACUUAACCACCAAUAGAGGGAGCAUUAAGUAACUUUGUCAUGGAAUAUUUUGAUAUUUUGAAAAACAACCCACUCAGCCCAUAAAUUAAAAAAGAUUGACACUGAGGAGAAUAACAUGAAAUAACUCAACAUAUAUUACAAAUGAAAAAAGGCCCAAUGCCGCUUUAAAAUAUUUUCAACUAUGUGACAAUAGUCCAUUUAAAAUAGUGUUUUCAUUCAAACCUUAGCAACAUAGAAUUCAUACUACCUCCAGAAAAGUUGAUCUGGAGUGCCAUUUGGGCAACAUUUAGCUGUCCACUUCUGAAAGCUGAAGGAGAGCCAUUGGUUUUCAUGAUUCACCAUUGUCAAAAGCUAAAUAACUGGGUUGAAAUCCAGCUUUUGUCAUGGAAUAUGUAGAGGAAAAAAGAACACCUCCGGACGACUAGAAACUCUAAUGUUCAUCCUUUUCCUAUAAAGUAGUAUUUCUUUUUUAAAAAGUUGGGGGUUCCUAAAGAAUUCUUGAUGAGUUGAUAUAAUCACUGUCGUCAGUUACCAAAUGGAUUAUCCAGUUUUGCCUGGCAGUUGACUUCUUCUGACUAUAUGUUUCUUCCUUCCAAACAUCUCACAGCCUGAAUUAGUUGACACAUUAUUCUCUGGAAACAGGGAGAAGCUAAAUUAGAGUUGGAGCUCAAACCUAGGGGAGCAGAGAAGCUGCUGUGGGUCUAUUAUAAAAUGGCCUCUGAAGGGCUACUUCUCACACUGACCCACAUUUUAGAAAAUAAACUCAUCCUUACCUAUUUCAAAAGGAUAUAGGUGCUUCCAGACUGCCAAUCUUGAAUUACAACUAAAUAAUCACAAAUAUCUUAAAAAAUAGAGAAACGUUUUUGCCUCAAGAUCAGAGAAUGAGUAUGGAUUCUUUUAUAUUUUUUUGUUUCAAAUUCUACAAUUGGUACAAUUAGACCUUCAUGCUCGGAUGCUUUUUUAAAAAGGUGCUUUUUAAAAAAUUCUUUUCAAUAAUCAGGAAAAAGAUAAGAUGGAAGCAGAUGUUUCAGAUUUAAAACCUCUUAGGGUAAGACAGGAACAAGAUCUGAUGUGGGAAAGAACAUUUUUUAAAAGCAAUUUAUGAUUUAAAAAUGAAAUUGCUAAACCAGGAAGAGAAAAAAGUCAAAGAGGAGUGUUUAUCUCAAGACAUUUAGAUACUAAACAUUGGUAGUGUCUCAACAUACUGGGCAUUUUUCUCUAUUAAAUGCCAAUGGUUGUUGGAGGAAAAGCCUUUAAAUAUGUAAAAUAUAAGACUAGAAAAGCAAAUCAGAACACACCAAUCUGAUACAGAUGUACAGUGGGAAAAGAUUGGGAAACAAGCCAAGCCCCCUCAAAAAAAAAAUUUAAAUGAAACUCUUCAUAUCAAAAUAUUUUUUACUAUAUAUUUUAAUUGAGUUGUAAACUUUUCCCCUAAAAACAGUUUUACAGACUUUUCCCUCCCCAAAUUCCUAAUGCCUUGAAUCCUUUUGUGCAUACGUGUGGUAGAUAAUUCCCAGCUCAUGUUCCAGCUCCAGCCCAUUCCUUUGCUCCUAGUCAUAUUAAAGGUCACUAAAGAUGUUGGCCUUAAAAUGACUUGGGUUUGUUUUAAGACUCAUGGAGAUUUUAUUUUGUAUUGUAAUAUUCUAUAAGGACCAAAAACCCCUUUUCCAACCUGUGAAAAGGGAGAAAUUUUGCAUUCUAAUAAUGAAAAGAGAAAAGGUUUCCUCUGGAGAUGUUUAUUUCAGUCCUAACAUCUUAAUCUAGUCCUACUCCCCUCAUCCAAAACCACCAGCAGUAUGUGCCCUGCUUAUGCCCCCAAGGCAGUGUUUUUUUAAACACAAAGUUAAAAAUGAUGUGUGUCCUGUAUAAAGUUCCUCAGAUCCCCAAGAAAACAUAAUGAGGCUCCUGUUGCUUCCUUGUUGGGCCCUUAGCAAAGGAGGAAAUGAGGUCAAUGUAGCCAGAGUUCACUCUAGAUAUGUUCAUCUUGGAGCCUUCCUCUGCUGUUACUGAAGAUGUCAUUUAAUUAGUUGAGGCUGGAUGCGGGGAUAUAUGAUUCUGCAGAAAAUGUAUCACAUGAUACCAUCAGACCUGGCUCUGCCGUCGCCAGUGUAGUGCUGCAGCAAAGGGAACAAAAGGAAAGUGCAAUGUAAGAGCAGACACAAGCUGAGAUGCCCUGAGAUGGGUUGAGAACAGGAGGUGCCCUUUCUGUUGUGACUUGACUCUAAAAAAUCUUCUAAAAGAAUUCUUUAAUUUAGUAAUGAGUUGAAGUCCAGGGUUAUGGAAGCUCUGGGGAAGAUAAUAAAAGAAUUUCAAAAUGUAUUCAGUACCUAACAAUGCUAAACCAGAAAACAUCCAAUAGAAAACUAAGAAGUUUGGCAAGAUGUAUUUAGAGAAAUCUAGGCUUUUCCAUGGGCAGGGUGGACAGACUUUCUUUUGAGUGAUUUCUGGCUCUGAGAAACCUCUUUACUCACUAGAAAAGAACUUUAUUUAAAUGGCCAAUUUUGUCCCCCAAAGAAGGACUUUUUUUUUAAAGAAGGAAAGAAAAUAGGACACUAACAACAGAAGCAUGUGACUUGGUGACAAACAAAAGGAAGGGUGCACUAGAAUUUCAAUAGACUCCCUAAUUCCACAGAAAAAGCAAAGCAACCCAGUGCCUCUGAGCUCCAGACUCUCAGUCUGCAGUGAGUGGAAAGAGUGCUUGAGCCUGAGUCGGCCUGACCCCCAGGGCUUUCUAAGGCAAGACAAAAUUUCCCCACCGGGACCACGGCAACCUCUUUCUCCUCUCUGUGUUUUCAUGAAGAAAAGGGCUGUUCUCCUAGAUACCCAGAAAAUGGAUUACGUGGGGCAAAAUUUCAAAAACAAUCUCUGCCCUGGUGCUCAGGCUGCCUAAGAAGGCAGAAAUGGGGCACAAAAGAGCCCUUGCACUUGAGCAAGAACAUUUUCAUAUUUCCAAGGGCUUUCUGUGUAGAGUUAUUACUGAUACCACUUAAACCUCCAAAAGAGGAAAGGCUAUGGUGAUUCCGUGUUCUGAUAAACACAGCAUGUAGAAAUUACUAAUCCAAAGCAUCAUUUCUAGCACAAAAUAUCACAAUGAUCAGCCUGACUAAAAUAUCCCAAAGAUUUUUCAAAGUCUGUAGACUUUUUUUCCUCCUUGAAUCCACUGCAGUCAGUGGUGUACAUUAGCAGAUCCCAGGAUGCAAUUAUUGAAUGUUAGGGUUUGUUUCCAUUCUUUGUAGGAUGAAGAGGUAGAAGAUGAGGGCAGUACAAGCUCUUUCUCAGAACUAUUUCCUUUUCACUGAAUGAGAGGUAAAAUGCCCUGGGUUGAAUAAAGAAACAUCAUCAUCUUUCCACACUACUGACUGAAAUGAUGUGCAUGCGAGUGGUUUCUUCAGGCCCACAUGUUGCUCCAUAGAGUGAAUACUUUCAAAAUGAAAUCUAAAUUCUGGGCUGGGGAUUUAGCUCAGUGGUGGUGCACCUGCUUCACAAACACAAGGUCCUGAGUUCUAUCCCCAGUACCAGAAAAAAAAAGACUCUCGAGAUGAAAGCUAUUCUGAACUGACUUCAGUUACGAUAUUCUUACCAGAAGCCACUACAUUAUAGAAUUUUUGCCUGAAACUGGAAAGCCCAAGGAAGAGGACAGAAGAUACAGAAAUUGGAAGGUUGUUAUAAUAUGGACAUUUUUGGCUUUCUAACAGUUCCAUCAUCACAGAAAUAACCCAAAUUUGUGAUAAAUGACUAUAGAAACAGUGACUUCUUGGGGGCACAUCAAACUUGUCCAGCACUGGCUGCUCUCAGGAAGUGGCUGCUGUUUCCUAAGAACUCUAUUUUAUUGAUAGGUCUGAGUUGAAUGUAAAACAAAUAUCAUAUUGCUAAAUAAUGAAUCCCAUAAAACAGUAACAGCUGCCUAGGGUGUCAGUUUCAAACAUUUCCUUAGCAGAGAGAGCAAUCCCAAUCAAAAGCAUUCUUCCCCUUCAAAGUGCACAUCUCUAAACCUCUUUUUCUCAGUUUUGGAGUGCAUCUGGUUUAUCUGGUGGUUCUCUGUUUAAAUGCAAACUCAGAACUUUCAGGUCUUAAGUGAAGGAUCAUAAUCUGCAGAUCAUAAUCAAAAUCUAGUCACAGUCAUGAGAGUCCCAGCUUCUGAGGUACCUAAGUAGGAUAUGAGAGUCCCUACUCAUUUUCUUUCAAUUUCAGAGGUUUCUUCGUUCAGAAUGCCUUAAUGAAAGUCUGAUACACUCAAGAUAGGGGGAAAAAAAAUCAAUCCCGCAGGAGACAUCUAUUUCUACUACUGUUACAGCCAUUGUUACUGCCCACCAAUGUUAUUGUAAUUGAUAUGUAGAUUUAGUGAUGAAAGGGUCUUAACCCAUCCAGUGUGUCACAGCUGCUGUCCAGAAUUCUGUACAUGAGUGUACAUUGUGCAUGUGUACAUGCAAUGUGAGGUGCUCUUAGUACAAAACUAUUCCAUAUUCAUAUUCCCUAGUGAAAACAAGGUAGCUUUGAGAAUUUCUUGUUAGAAAUCAAAGGUCUGACAUAUCUCACAUACCUGCUUCUGCUCUGCUGCCUUAUGUGGUGCAUCAGUAUCUGUGCUGAGGCUUUAGGGCUUUCUGAAGGAGCCCAACCAUCAGUCAUUUCUCUAUUCCCCUUUGAUGAGAAGUAACUUGAACAAAUGAUACACUUCUACUGGACUCAUUGAUAUGUGUGCACAUGUGUGUGUUUGUGUAUAUUUAUUGUCAUGUGGGAAUGUGUGUGCCUACCAAUGGAAGCACACACAGACAGAGAUCCUGGUGCAUAGAUGCAUUUGCCUCUUCCGCUGUUGUGCUCAGACUUGUGGCUCCUUUCCCAGUAAGUCACCUGCCCAUUCAGUUGGUUUUUGUAGCACUUUAGAGUUGAGAGAAACAAAGCUUGUUGGCUCCACAGCAAACCUAGAGAAACAGGCAAUUUGCUCCAGAAGAAGGUGGAACACAAAUAAUCAAUUGGGAACAGGCUGCAGGGAGUAGAAGUCUAGGAUACCUCACCAAGUCUCCUGAGCAGGAGGGGCACCAAAGCCAAGCAGGAAAGGCCCAAACUGUGGCCUGAGCUAUCCAUUGCUCAAAGGCUUCUAUUCCUUUCUUCUUGGAAACAAUGUAUACACACACACAAACACAAGAACCCACGUGUGAGUUUUAGUCCCAAACAAAAGCUUUCUCAUGCUCCCAACAUCUGCAGGAUGUUGUCAUCAUUCUCAAACUAUGUCUCCUGAAACCAGUGUGGCCUUUGCUGAAGUCUUUCCAGGAGUGGGCUGUUUUACUGUCUAGCAAACCAACAGCCUGUCAUGGGCAUAUCUGGGGGGAUCUCUAAGAAUUGAAGUCUCUUUCCCAUCUUAAAGUACAAUGCCACACUAGUGUAAGAUAUACAAUGAAUUGACCUGGCUCUUGUACCUGACUCUUGAUGGCUUGGUGGCCUGGAAACAGACUCAAUUUUCUCACUUCCAUGACUUUAUUUUACUAGAUAGUUUAGUAUUUUUUAUGACAUUGUAAAUCAUUUCUGCUUUACAGAAUUCAGAGGACAUUUUCUUUCCUCAUCUAUUUUGGUGACUCUCCCUAUUCCCUUGUUAAGUGAGGCUACUUACAGUUGCAACUUUUCUGGAAUUUUUUUUUUUAUCGUGUAUUGUCUUUCUAUAUCCAAAAGAAGUCUGUGACUGUAACCGUAGGUAUUUCUUUUUAAUGGAAAAAAAAUGAGCUUUGUUUUUUGUUUUUGUUUUUAUAAUUAACAGUACUAGUAACUUUGUAGACGAAUAUGAGUUACUAUUUAGGUUUGCUUACUUAAGUACAGUACACUACAUUGCAGUAUUUCUGAAACCUAGAACAUACACAUUAUAUAUAACAACUCUAUAUCGAAAUAUAUAUUACGUUAUAUUCAUUUUAACUUUUGAAUCUGCCUAUGAUCAUGAGUUGAUUGAAUUAUUUUUUGCAUAUAUCACCCAUCACCAACCUGCUACAGUUAAUCUGGUGCAUUUAAUAAUAAUUAUUACUGCUCUAGUUUGCUUUUUCAUAUUGUCAGCUUCAGUAUUGUCUUUAUAGGAUUUUAGGAUUUUUUUUAAGCUCAGACUUAGCAAAUGUAGGAAAGUGAAAACUUUUUUAACUUUUUUUUUUUUUUUUUUGGUGUGGCUAAUACAAAGAGGUUCAUAUUCAAAGUGAUCUUGUUUAGCUGACCCUGUUAAUAUCUGAAGAACAAAAGAAGUGCAUAUGAAUGUAUCUGUGAUUUUUCCCCUCCAGGACUGUCAUUGUCUAUAUUUGCUUUUAAAAAUAUGACCAAGGAGCUGCUUAACCUCCACAUGAUCUGACCAACUAUCAUAGUCUGCAUUUCAAAGGGCUGCUUUUGUGAGAAGCAUAAAACAGUGAAAUACCUAGUUGUCCCAACUGAAUUUUAAGCAUUGAUUUUUAAAUACUGGCUCUUUACUGAUGGCUUCCUGUUUUCAAUAUGCUUAUAAUUAUUUUAACUAGUCAACAUUUCCCUGGAGGCAGCUUGGCAAUAUAGGGUUCAUUUUCCCAGGAGAUUUGUUUUUUACUAAAACCAGACUCUUAGGAACUUUUUAUUGACAAAGAUAAAUAGAAAUAAAACUCUGAAAUAUAUGUAACAUUUUUCAGUCUGCAGUAUCCUUAAAAUGGCGGCUGUUGGGUAUCUUGGCCUCAGUAUCUCCACUUGCCUGCUAGAGUGGAGUUUGAUGCCUUUCUUCUUUAACUAUGAAACUUUCAGAAAACAGGCAUCCUGUCUUCCUGUACAAGAAAUACUUUCAGAUAGUAUUUUUAUGUAGAGUUGCUUCAGCUUCCCCCAGCUAUCCAACCCAAUGCCUGGCAAUAUCAGUGUUGGAUCAACUUUUCAUCUAUCCUAGCUUCCUGAAAUCAGUCUCAUUCCCUCUUUCCUACUUUCAGAACAAAACAAGAAUAGCUUUUUAUAAAACUCAGUGUAAAAGCCUUCCCACACUGGGCCAAUAUUAAAGCUUCUCAGUGUGAAUACUCCAAUUCUUUCCUUCCAGCAUCCCUGGUAAAUUUAUGUUUCUAACCCUAUCCCAUUCUGCUGUACUUGUCCAGCACAUCUUUGUCCCCAUCUCACUCUUGUUGCCUCAGCAUCCUUCACAUAGGCCUGGUGCUCAGUAAAGAACUGCCCUCUCUUAGUCUGUGUUGAAAGAGGUAAUGUUGGGUCUAAUAGGAAACAAGACAAACACAACUGUCAGUUGAGUUUUAGUGAGGCUGCUUUUUCUUCAGUGGUCACAUACAGGUACUAUCUGAAUUGUAUCACUGUCACUAUUUUCCUUUUUACUUUUCCUAGCCAGUUCUCUUUAUUUCUUCUUUUUAAGACUAUUUUGAAUUUCCUAGUCAUGUCAUCACUUCCCCCCAAAAUUCUAAUAUAAUCCUUGACUGUUCAUUUCUCUUCCUACCCCACCCAUUCUAAAUGUCCUUCUUGAAAUGAGUUCAUAAACAUAAGACUCAUAGGCAAAAUGAAGCAUGUCUUCAUUUCAACUUCAGAUUUUAGAAGUUGUCAAUAUUCUUGUGAGAGUGGGAGGACCUGAGUCACAGUUUUAAAUGUCAACUGUACUAGCUGAGAUCAUUAAUUCCUCUCACCUUCACAUCUGGCCAAAGAUAAAGAGAAAAGUAUUGUCUGCUUUUUUGUAAAUACCACAGUUUUCAAAUUCUUGAUAUGAGUAGACCAUUUCUGAGGGGGAAAAAAUCGCUAAUGUUGACUAUUUCAGCUCCACUCUUACUUAAAAUCAAAUGACAUUUUUACCAGGCACUGUACUAGAUUUACAGGAAUCUAGAGAAAGGGGCAACAUUUCAAAAUAAUUUUGAUAACUGUUUAUUAGUGACCACCUCUCAAACAAUUAAAACUACUUCUGUUUAAAUGUAUUAUAGGAAAUUAUUAGGAAGAAUUUAUUCAUUUAUUACUUUUUUGGAAAAAAAUAUAUAAUUAUCAAUUGGUCUAGAACGUUAAACAAUAAUUCACUAAAGAUUGAAAAAUAUCUAAAAUUUCUCAAGCGUUUACUUGCAACCAGAGAUUGCUUAAACAUACACUUAAAAUGUGCUUAAAGAAAA